CUGCCUUCAUCCCUCUCCAAAAUCUUCAUUAACACACUAGCAAAAGGGAGAGAGAGAACCAGACCCGCAUCCUUCGUUCCCAGCACAUCGCGUUCCUCAUCUCAGGUCUUUUUUUCUUUUACAUGGCUCAAGGGCUCUGCACGCGGGACGAUACUGGUUCCAGAUCUGGGUGCGAAAAAGCCAACGCGGAUUUGGAUAAGCGAGCAUCAUUGACGGGCGUAGAAAACAGCUAUUCCGGCGUCUCCGCCUUCUCGGUCUCCUCUAGCCUGCUCUAUGACGAGUAAUGGUCGGCUCGUUCUGCUGGAUGCUCCCUGCUCCAAACGGAUCGUCGACGGUACCCUAUUCAACAGCAUAUUGCCAUUUUCGGAAGAAACCUUCAAAGAGCUAGGAGAUACAUAUGGAAACUGGGGAUCAGAAUUUUAGGAAAAAGGAUAUACAGUAGUUCUUUCUUUUAUUCCAUUUCCGUCAUUUAUGUUUAUGAAUUUACUUUGUUCUCGAUGAAUUUUCUCAUUCCAUCGUUGACUUGAUUUUUCAAAUCGAUGUAACAUAGCGGCGGCCGCAUAUUUAGAUUAAUAUCCGUCUUUUUUCUGGACAUUCUUUUCUUUGAUUUUGAACUGGACUAUCCUGGCCAUCCAUCCAUAAAGCCAAUCGUUUCUGCUCCUAUAUAAAUAGAGCUUUCCCUGUCCUUUCAUUUCUCUCUCCGUCUUUCCCUCCUGAUUAGAAUAGACUAGGGUUUGCUUAGCGAUAAUAAGAGAGGACGGCGUGUUUUUUAAGCAAUUUGCAGCUACGUAGGUCAACAGUUGUUGUAACACAUCGAAUUGUUUAGAUAUAUUCAGAUUCGAAGCAAAGCCUUCCAUUACUCCAUCAACUCUCCACCCAUUUAACGCCAGUCAUUUUCAUCUGAAUUGCACAUUCUUCCCAAGGCUGUGUUUAUCAUAACUUUCGAACACAUUGAAAUAUACAAAAUAGCUACCGGCUAUUUAUGUGCCAAAAUUGUUAAAUAAAACCGAGUAUUGGUCGAAACCCCUGUCAGAUUGCUUGCGACAUUGGCUUAAAAUCAUAUUCAUUAGUCGCCAAAUAAACACGAUUAUUGCGUUUUCGUUUGAAUUGCAUGCUUAGGCCGUCAAUAAAGGCCUUGGCAAUUAAUUGCUAUAUUAUCUUUGAUUCAGCGUGAAUGAAAGUUUCAGCUGUAGCAGUAGCUGCUGCAUAUCUUACCUCGUUCUAAAAAGGAAGCGACAAACGUUAUCAGAGCGUGAAAUCAUUCUGUGUUCAAACAGCAUUACAUUAGCAGGGAAAGCGGGCGAAAUAUUGUCGUUCCUCUCCAAAAAUUAGCCUGAAAGGCUCACCAAUUUCUUCCUUAAUCGGUUCACCCAAACGCAACCAUAAGGUUCCUACCGCAUCCACCCCCUUCCCCCUCCUUUCGCUCAAAUAUAUCCCAUUUUUUUAAUUUGGUUUGGUCCCGUAAAUUUUCAAAUAUUUAUUUCCUAUACAUCAAGAGGAAAGGGGGUCCCCCUUUCAUGGAAUGCGGAAACAUGGGCGUGUUUGACCGCGGAGUUCAGAUGUUAUUGACCACGGUGGGCGCGUUCGCUGCCUUCAGUCUCAUGACCAUCGCGGUGGGCACGGACUACUGGCUGUACUCGCGCGGCGUGUGUAAGAUCAAGUCCAACAACGAGAACGAGACCAGCAAGAAAAACGAAGAGGUGAUGACCCAUUCGGGACUGUGGAGGACUUGCUGCUUGGAAGGAAACUUCAAAGGAUUGUGUAAGCAGAUAGAUCACUUUCCAGAAGACACAGAUUAUGAAGCAGAUGCCUCUGAGUACUUCUUACGGGCCGUACGAGCGUCUAGUAUCUUCCCCAUCCUCAGCGUCAUCCUGCUCUUCAUGGGUGGCCUGUGUAUAGCUGCCAGCGAGUUCUACAAGUCCCGCCACAAUAUCAUCCUCAGUGCAGGGAUCCUCUUCGUGUCUGCAGGCCUCAGUAACAUUAUUGGCAUGAUCGUGUACAUAUCAGCCAAUGCAGGGGAUCCCUCAAAGAGUGACUCCAAGAAGAACAGUUACUCGUAUGGCUGGAGUUUCUACUUUGGUGCUUUGUCCUUUAUAAUGGCUGAGAUGGUGGGCGUGCUGGCCGUGCACAUGUUCAUCGACCGGCAUCGGGAGCUGCGGGCGGGCGCGCGAGCUGCAGAUUACCUGCAAGGCUCUGCUAUUACACGCAUCCCCAGCUACCGGUACCGUUACCGGCGCCGCUCCCGCUCUUCAUCCCGCUCCACGGACCCCUCGCACUCCCGUGAUGCCUCGCCGGUGGGCUUGAAGGGUUUCGGAGCGCUGCCCUCCACCGAGAUCUCCAUGUACACACUGACCCGUGGGGGAGACACCCUAAAGGCUAGCCACGGCACUCCCACCACCACCUACAAUUCUGAGAGGGACCACAACUUCCUGCAGGUCCACAACUGCGUCCAGAAGGACCUGAAAGACUCAUCCCACACUAACGCAGCCAACCGACGUACCACCCCUGUAUGAGGCCCAACCUCCCUCCAUGCAGAUAGCGGAGAAAGGGAGAUAGGAGCACGGAGCAGGGUUGAGGCGUUGAGACCCAGAAUAUUACAGAUCAAACAUCAUGUACCAUGAGUUUUCAUGAUUUAGAGGAAACGGGAAGGUUUUUACUUUUCAAUCAAAGACUACACGUGUAUGCAUGAUUUUGCCAUUUACCAUUGACAAAAUUAGUCUGGUUUUAAAAUGGAGAGAGGUUAAGUUAGAGAGAGAAAAAGAGAUGUGCAGAAGGGCUGUUUUGGCCUGUGACAUGGGAGAUGUAGCUUGUGAUGUUGAUUUGACAUUGUUAUGUUAAGAAAGUAUUUUACCACAAGCAACAAGCUACUUGCUGCUUCGUAGACUUCUUCCCAUCUCCAUUCGUCUUAUUUAUUUGUUCAUUUGUUAUUUACAUAUAAACUGUGAACAAUUGCAGUAUGGUUUUCUGUAAGAAAUAGCCCAGCCUGCAAUCUCUUACAAAAGGAACAAUAUAUAUAUAUAUAUACAUAUAGUAUAUAUGUGUAUGUAUUAAUUUUUAUAAAUAAUUUAACAUAAUAAUCAAGACUUUUUCAGAGGCAAAAAAAGAUAGAAUGAGAAAGACAGAAAACAGAGAAGUCAAAUCUCUGUUUGCCGGGUGAUGAUCUGUUGGAAUAGAGACUUGGUGUCCUUGAGCGUCUGUGGACAAUGGAUAAGAUCACAGAACAUCUUCGCUGCAAAGCUGCUGUUACUCAAGACUGAAAACAAACAUUCAACCUUAGACAAAAAUCUAUUCUUUUAAAAGAACCUUCUCAUCUUUUUCUCAGUCCCUGUUUGCUUCCACUUUUUUUCCUCUCGCAUUCGGUCGUCAAGGGAGCAAAAACAAAACCUGCAUAUGUUGAUCCCCUUCACUGACACAAGCAAAAAAGGGGUCAGAGUUCACUAAAAGACUCCAGAAUCGACUGCCAAGAUGGAAAAAAAAAGGAAGUAGGAAGGGGGGGAGGAAAAGAGGAGGAUGCAGAACUCUAAAUAAAUACUUGCAAGAAAGCAAGCAACAAAUAAAGUACGAAAUAUUACAAGAAACGAAGCUAAGUGACUCACGAAUACAAAGAUAAAAUGCAUGCUAUAAAUUUACAGCAAACCUGCUCUUGAAACUUAAGUUUUAAAGGAUAAUGAUAAUUAUAAAGGGAAAAGCAAUGUUAAAAAAAGUUAAAUAUUAAUGUUUUGUAUAAUGUUUUUGUUUUGGUUUGUAUUAUUAUUAUAAUUAUUCAUUAUAAUAAUAUACUUUUGGCGACAAACCAAACAAACAAAAUUAUGACAAAACUGCUUUUUUAAAUUCUGAGUUAUUUCUUCAUAUGUACAUGUAUUUCUUUUAUUCAUUUGUUCUUUUCCAGAAUCACACGCCUUAGUCAUUUCGUUGGAUUCAUUUUAAUGUGUCAUUUUAUUUGAAAUGAAACCUAAAGGUGCCAAAACAGAAUAAUCCUAAACUUGGAUGCAUCAAGUCCUGAUGAAUAAACAGACGAACCCAAGGGGGAACAAACUCACCACUUCUCUGUUUCUAAAGCACCCAAACCCUCACGCAGCUGAUGAGGUUUCAAGAACCAUUUACAGUAAAACAGCGGGAAAGGAGGCAGUGUUAUGAGUGAGCAUGAGCCUUUCCAAAUGAGUCAGACAUGAUUAAGUAACAGUAGGGAAGCAAAGUAACAGGCCACGUAAUUACUCAUCUGUUCUAGGCUAAUCUAUAUGUGGUAAACAGUCUCUUAAGUAUGUAAUGUAUCCAUUGCUGUAGUAAUGUGUAGGCCCACACAGAAUCUGCGCUCGCAGAACUCCACGGAAAGCUCAGCAGAUUUCUGCUAAAUUUGAAUGCCUUUCAUUCACAAAGUUGUACACCCCCCCCUGCCGUUCUUGUUCUUUAUUAAACAUUUUGGCUAACUGACCCAUGGCAAAGAUGCACCCCCACUUGUCUACGUUUGCUUGUUUUGAAAAGUUUUGCAGUACUUCCCAUAGGAAUGAAUGGGAGAUUGCCGUGGAGUGAACAGCUUGAUUAUUGGCAAAAUAUUCUCACAAUUGGAAUUUAUAAUAUACUUAUAUACUUAAUAUAUGCUGGAAUGAAGAGGAACAUGUUAAAGCAUAAUUAUUUGACACUUUUUGCAAAAAUA